ACCUUUAAAACAAAGGUAGUCCUUUCAAUUCAGUAUUGUUGGUAGCUGCUUAGUAUUGCUUAUCAAGCAAAUACUUUAAUAUCCAUGGAGAUCAACAACCCUAAUCCCUCAAAAAUGGAUAGGAAAUUCAUUGAGAGAAACAGGAGAAUUCAAAUGAAAGCUCUCUAUUCUAAGCUCAAUUCCCUCGUUCCACAUCACAGCUCUAGGGAAGCAAUAUCACUGCCUGAUCAACUAGAUGAAGCUACAAAUUACAUAAAACGUUUAAAGGCAAACUUGGAGAGGAUGAAGGAAAUGAAAGACGGAUUAAGGGGAUUAGAGGAAAGGGGAAAUACAAGUCGCAGCUAUGGGUCAAAAUCUCCUCAAAUCCAGAUUCAAGAAAUUGGUUCUUCUUUGGCGAUCGCCUUGAACACUGGCUUCAACAGUCAGUUCAUUUUCAAUGAAACCAUCCGUAUUGUUCAUGAAGAAAGAGCCGAGGUUGUGAAUGCCAAUUUCUCUGUUGUCGAUGAUGAUACUGUUUUCCACACUAUUCAUCUCAAGACUGGGGAGCCAUCCACAGCUGCCAGGAUAUCUCAAAGAUUGAACAAGUUUGUCCACGAUGCUGAUGCAUCCAAUAAGUACUGAAAGGUACUGUAUUAAUGGGGUAAAUAAUCUGAAUCAUUGAUCUUAUAAACUGUUGUAGGGAUAUAGAAAUGUGAGUCAGCAAUGCCUCUUGGUGAUUAGUAUAUCAUGAAAUAAUGCUGCUUGGCAACUACAGCUAUUGUUAUGAAAUUAUAAAUGAUGUUUUCAAUUCCCCAUAUGAAAUCUUCUUGUUGUUUUAGGUUGGAAAUGGUGUUACUGAAUAUUUGGAAUAUAACACAGAAUCUAUUUUUCCUGAAA